AUGGAGUCAUAUUCCAAAAAUUUUGUAGAGGAGUGUCAGAGCAGUGAAUCUGGAUGGACCAUGUACAUUGGUUCAUCCACUGACGAUGAUGACGGCAGUGGAAGUGGCGGCGACAGUGGUGGCAGGAAGAAGACGAUGGCGGAGAAUGAUGACGUGGAUACAGAUGAUUCGUUGGCGUCUGAUGCGUCAUCUGGGCCCGGUCAAGGUGAAGCAAAAGAUGGUAAAGGAAAGUACAAUACUUCAAGCAAGAAGUACAAAAAGCCAUUGCAGAAGAAGAAAGUUGGAUGUGAGGAUGAAAAGGAAGUGGUAAAUGACCAAAAAGGUGUUGUGGGUAGUGUUCAAAGUCGCAAUAGUGUAUGGUUUUGGGGGAGAAGAAAGUAA